GAGUUGUAGCACGUAGCAGUUAGCAUCGAGCUAACGGUUGGAUCGGACCAGAGAGUCUGAAGAGUUAAAAUGAUUUAGGAUUAAAAACAACGUUAAACUGUAAAAAAUUAUAGAUUUAAUAGUUUAUUUUUUACUGAACCAUGGAUUCAACGUCGAAGAACCACUCUCCGACAGAGGACGGUGAGCUGGAGGACGGAGAGAUCUGCGACGAUGAGGCCGAAGACAGUGUGCCUCUCCGGCGGGGGGAGGGGAGCAGCAGGCCCCGCGGAGGAGCUCCUCCACGUCCGAGGAAACUUCACCAACACCCGGCAUUACCACCUCACCAACAUCCGCUGAGCAUGCCUCCACAUCCGGCCAUCCCUCCUCACCAACACCCGCUCAACAUGCCUCCGCACCCGGCCUGCCUCCUGCCGUACCCCCGCGGAGGUUUCCCCCCGAACCACCGGCAGCAGUGCGGCCCGAGCGGGCCCGAUCGGCCCCCGUCUCCUCCUCCGCCGGGGCUCGGUCUUCAUGGAGAGCCCAGCCCCAGGAGCAGCUUCUGGGAGCGGAGCCACGGAGCUCUGGGCCGCUUCAGACACCGAGGAAUGGCGGGAGGAGGCCGGGGUAACUGGAACCGAGGGCCCCGGGGAGGUGGAUCCAUGAGAGGGCCCCAAGGCUGGUACGGACCCGGAGACAUCCACGGAAACAUGACCGAGCCUCCUCAGAGGAAACAGAAACCAAUGGGGAGGCCUCAGGUGAGAAAAGCGUCUCACAGCGCCCCCAAAGUGGACUCGGUUGUAGACGAGUCCUUCGAGGACCUGCUGUGCAAGUACAAACAGAUCCAGCUGGAGCUGGAGUGUAUCCGUAAAGAGGAGACCAUGGCUCUGGAGACGGAGUCGCCCCCCGUCAGGGGACAGAUAUCGGACGCCGCCGCCGUCACCGAGAACAAACCAGAACCAGAACCUUCGGGGGCAUCGGAACCAGCAGCAGCACCAGAACCAGUACCAGAACCGGAGCCCUGUGAGCCGGAGGACAGAAAAGUGUUUCAGGCCUUCAACAUCAAACCUCUCCGUCAGAAACUCCCCACGCCCUCUGACCUGGAUGAGAUUAGGAGGAAGUGGGCGGAGCAACAGAGGGAAGGUGGCGAGGCUGAGGAGGAAGGUGAAGAAGAAGAGGGCGGAGGACAGGAUGGAGCAGAGAAGGAGCAGACGGCUGAUGAAGAGUCUGAGGAGAGGAAGACGACCACGUGUCCGAGCUGCAAACAGGAAACAGAACCAGAGAAGAAGGCGGCGUGUUCGUGUGUCAUUGAGUCGUCGGCGUCCAGUGAAGACUCCGCCCUCUCUCCUGAGAAGGGCGUGGUGGAGGUGGAGGAGGAGGAGCUAUCGGAGCUGCAGCUGCGUCUCCUCGCUCUGCAGUCGGCCAGUAAGAAGUGGCAGCAGAAGGAGCAGCAGGUGCUGAAGAAGAGCAAAGACCGGAUCACCAGACCGGUCCAGGACAAAGGACCGGGAUCGGUCCAGGACAAAGGACCGGGAUCGGUCCAGGACAAAGGACCGGGAUCGGUCCAGGACAAAGGACCGGGACAGACUCCCCCCUGCAGACAGAGAGUCUCUACCCGGUCCUCGUCCACCUCUGUGUCCUUGUCGUCUGCUGCUCCGCCCACCGAGAGGAGCAGAACCAGGUCCAAACCCCCUCCUGAUCGGGACCGCACCAAGACCAGUGGAGCCAGGCCUGCAGAAAGAGACAGAGACAGAACGAAGCCCAGUCCUAAACCCAGUCCUAAACCCAGUCCUAAACCCAGUCCUAAACCCAGUCCUAAACCUAGUCCUAAACCUAGUUCCAAACCCAGUUCCAAACCCAGUUCUAAAACAGUCCCUAAACCUGGUCCCAAACCCGGAGCUGGACCUUCCACAAGAGCGGCGUCAGGAGACCGAAGCAGAACAGCAGGGAGAGCUCAGACCAUGAAGAAGGUGAUCAGUCCAGGCUCGGCGGCGAAGCAGGCGGUCAGGAAGCAGCAGGUGAGGACAUGGAAGCUGCAGCAGCAGAGGGAGCAGGAGGAGAAACGGCGCCAGGAGGAGGAGGAGCGACGUAAACGAGAGGAGGAGAUCCGCAGGAUCCGAGAUCUGUCCAAUCAGGAUGAGCAGUAUAACCGCUUCAUGAAGCUGGUGGGGGGGCGGAGCCAGGCACGGAGCAAGUCCAGAGAGCGGGAGCACAGGAAGUCAGCAGGUAAACAGGGUCUGGACGCCUCAGGGAACCUUUACCAGUACGACAACUAUGACGAGGUUGCCAUGGAUACGGACAGUGAGACCAGCUCACCCGUCCCGUCCCCGCCCCCUGAGCUGCUCCCCGAUGACGGCGGAUGUUUUCCUCCACUGCCCCUCUACGUGAACGCCACCCAUCAUUUUGGAAUGGAGUUCCCCCAGCCCCUCAUCACAACCACCCUGCCUGGAGCUCCUCCCCCUCCUCCUCCUCUCCCGCCUCCUCCUGAAGAGCUGGAGCCUCCUCCUAAACCUCCGUUUGCUGAUGAAGAGGAGGAGGAGGAGAUGCUACUGAGGGAGACCUGUCUGAUGUCCAUGGCCAACAAGAGAGUGCCCAUUACCGAGCAGCGGAAGAGCUUUAGUGCUCCCCCCUCCCCCAGCGCUCCUCCUCCUUCUGGGGUCCAGCCCCCCCUCAGAGGAAACCUGAGCACGGUCAGUCUGAACACGGUGCCUCCAUCCAACAAGUUCACCAGAGGACAUCACAGCAGCAGAGCGCCCCUGGUGCUUCCUCGGCACAAGUCUGUGGUCGUUUCUCUGAUCGACUCUGAUGACAGCGACUCCGACCCUGACGCCAGCAGCUCCUCUCAGCCGGCGUUCGGAGGUCUGGAGUUCAUGAUCAAGGAGGCUCGUAGGACGGUGGAGGCAGCGAAGCCCAAAGCAGCGUCAGGAUCAGAGAAGGAAAACAACCCGCUGCGAACACCAGACACUCUGCCUGAAAACAAGAAGGCCGAGUACCGCCUGCUCCGAGACGAGAUUGCCAGCAGGGAGAAGCAGAAGCUGCUGAAGGACCACAGUCCGAGUCACCGAGUGUCUCCUGUUCUCUCUGACUCGGGGGUGGAGUUGUCUCUAAAAUCAGCCGCCGAAACCAAAGUGAACGAAGCUGAGCAGAAACUCCACAAACACAGAGAGCUGCUGCAGAGGGACGAGGCCGUCCUCAGACACCUCCUACAACAGGAGCUGAAGAAGAGGGAAUCUCUGAAGGCCGCCGAGGGCAAGGUGAUGAGGCUGAGAGAGCAGCUGCAGGCGUCUGAGAAGAUUGUUAGCGCCAACAGGACGCUGCUCAAGAAGCUGCAGGAACAGGUGCACCGUGUUGAACACCGGGUGUCCAUAAAGAAAAGUGAGGCGGCUAAGUUGGAGCAGGAGCUGGCUCGGGCCCAGCUCGCUGCAGGACGAGGAUCCAAACGCAGAGCUGACUCCAUCCAGAACCAGCCCGGUAAGCUCCAGCGCGUGGACGGCGCCCCCCGUGGGUCAGAGCGGCACUUUGCGGAGCUGAUAGCUCAGAAGCAGCGUCUGCAGCAGCUGGAGUCUGAGUACGCCUUAAAAAUCCAGAAGCUGAAGGAGGCCCAGGCCUUACACCACCGAGGAGUCGCCGCUGACCUCCCCCUCAGAGCCUCCACGCCCCCUGACCAUACGCCCCCUUCUGGCUCCUCCUUCCCUCUGCCUCAGCCUUCCCUCCACGACCUGACCCAGGACAAACUGACCUUAGACAGUGAGGAGGGCCCUGAGGGGGAGGACCAGGACUCAGAGUCUGCUCCUCCCCCUGUAGCUCUGUCCACCGCUGCCGCCGCCGCUGCUGUUAAACCCCCCCGCAGACGCUCCCUCCGCCAGUCCAGCUCCUCCUUCACCCGACCCAACCUGGAGACGCCCAGCUCCACCCCCGUUAAAGACGGACCCUCCUCCAAACCCUCGAAGACGUCCAACAGCAGCUCGAGCAGCUCAGCCACGCCCCCUGAGGUGUUCACCGGCCUGGAUCUGGACGCCGUCAGGAUCCAGUACCAGCAGCUACCUGGGCUGGGAGAGCUGCUGCUCAGAGAGCUACAGGACCUGGGAGGACAUGGGGACGACCCCCCACCUGGACAGGUGGUUCCCAUGGAGAUGGACAUAGCCACCAGCCAAUCAGGGAGCUGUGAGCUAAGGCCAGUACCCUAUGGACCGUAUCACAGCCCGCUGCUGGUCUUCAAGUCGUACAGGUUCAGUCCCUACUACAGGACCAAGGAGAAGUUUUCUCUGAGCUCCGUCACCUUCAGCAACGCCAUUGAACCAUCCAAGUGUUUCUGCCGCUUCGACCUCACAGGAAGCUGCAACGACGACCACUGCAGAUGGCAGCACAUGAGGAACUGCACGCUGACAGCAAACCAGCUGUUCCAGGACGUCCUGUCAUAUAACCUUCAGCUGAUUGGCUGCUCAGAGGACAGCUCAGACCAGGACGUCAGCGUGGCCACAGAGCGCUACAUGAAAAAGCUGUUUGGCUCAAAUAAAGACCGUAUGGGCGUGGAUCAGAAGGCCGUCCUCUUGGUCAGUAAAGUCAACGAGAGCAAACGUCAUGUCCCUCCCUUCACCACCUGUAAGGACGUGAGGCGGUGGAGGCCCAAACCUUCAGCUCCCAGCAGCUCCAUCACUGAAGACGACAGCGACGAGGGAGCAGAGGGAGACGAGAUGCCACAGCGACACGACGACUGUCCCGGGAGCAGCCUGUCAGCUCUGGACGCGUGCGUCACAUCUGAGGACAAACGUUACUUCAUCAGUGAGACAGAUGACAUCGCUAACCUGGAGACCAGCGUGCUGGAGAACCCCAGAGACACUCAGCUGUGGAUCAAACUGGCCUUUAAGUACCUGAACCAGAGCGACACAUCUGCAGCAGAGUGUCUGGAGGCUGCUCUGAACACGCUGUCUCGAGCGUUGGAGAGUAACUGUGAGAAUCCUGAGGUGUGGAGUCACUACCUGCUGCUCUUCUCCAGGAGGGGGAGCAGAGAGGAGGUGCAGGAGAUGUGUGAGAUGGCUGUGGAGCACGCUCCUGACUACAGGGUCUGGUGGAACUAUCUGACCCUGGAGAGCUCGUUUGAAGGGAAGGACUUUGUGUGCGAGCGUCUGCUGCAGUUCCUCGUCUCCUCCUCCUCCUCAGAGAGUCUCUCCUUCCACCUGAUGGAGGCGCUGUUGUACAGGGUGCAGCUCAAUGUGUUCACCGGACGCAUGGAGAGUGCGCUGGCUAUCAUACAGAGCUCUCUGAAGUCGGCUCAUGACAGAAGCAUAGCAGACCACCUGACCCUGUCAGACCGGGCCCUCCUCUGGCUCUCCUACAUCCAUCUGACCGAGUUCGACCGGCUGCCGUCGAGUCUCUACGACCCCGCAGAGUCUGGUCCGUCCAGGCUGGUCAGCAGAGAGUCCUUCCUGCUGCCCUGGAGGACGCCGCAGGACGUCAGCACGCCCCCCGACAUCCUCAUCGCUCUGUUUGAGGACGGCAUCAGUCAGUGCAGCGAUGAGUUGGUGUCUCCGAGCGAGAGAGCGCUGGCCUGUCUGCCUCUGCACAGGAACCUCAUCCUCCUUCACACGCUGCUGCAACGGUACGAUGAGGGCGUGUCUCUGUGCAAGUCUCUGCUGGCGUUGUGUCCUGACUCGUGCGCUCUCAGAGACGCUCUGGCCAACCUCCACAUCAGGAAAGGAGACACGGAUCAGGCCGUCAGCAUGUGGCUGAACGCUCUGGCCGAGUGUCCCGACAAUGCCGAGGUCUUCUACCACUGCUGCUGCUUCCUCAUGAGCCAGGAGCAGUCUAGCGCCGUCUCUCCUCUGUUCAGAGGUUUCAUCCUGUCGUUGUGUGAGGACCAGCAGAGCCAGAAGCCCCCCAUAGACAUGCUCAGACACAUCCUGGGCUUCCCCUCCAACAAUGUCCUGAAAGGACCAAUCAUCAGAGAGCUUCAGGAGCAGCUGAGUCAGCAGACCGCCCACCUCCACCUCAUUCACUGUCGUUGGCAGUGGCUGUACGGCUCUGAGGACGACGCUCAGGACGCCUUUGAGAGAGCGCUGGGGUCGUCUCUGACUCUGGAGGAGCUGCACACGCUGUGGAUGGAUUACCUGACCUUCAGCAGCAGCCUGCAGGCUCGUAGCCCCUCCCACAAUCACGCCAAGAUGCUCUCUGAUCUUGUCCAUCGCUGUCUGAGCACCGUCCCCUCCAGACUACAGGUCCCCUAUAACCCCGCCCACUUCUGGAGCUGCUACACCUUUCAUAAUAAGGUGAUCUCCUUCUACCUCAGCUGUCUGCCUCAGUCCCAGCAUGCACUGCUCCUGGAGAGACUCCGAUACUCCAUGCCAAACAACACAGAGCUGGGCCUGAGGUUGCUGCAGCAGGAGUGGAAGGAUGGAAACAUGGAGCAGUUGAAGUUCCAGUCCCGUAUGUUGACGACCAACGCUCCUCAGUGCGUGUCCAGCUGGAGGAUAGCGAUCGCUGUGGAGAGAGAGCUGAAGGAGCCAUCAGAGGUUCGACUUCUCUACCAGCAGGCUCUCCAGAACCUUCCACUGUGUGCUGACCUGUGGAAAGAUGUAAUAAACACACUCUCAGAACACACACUAAGUACACACUGAAUGUUGCGGGGUUAGAGCAGCGACUGUUAAACUUUAACGUUCUCCUUUGUGUUUGAGGAUUGAAGACGGCUAGUAGAAGUUACUUUCUCAUAUCUGACCCUUUAUUUACACUUAGCGUUAGCGCUGCAUCCUGGUCAUCCUGAUACCAGCUGAUGUCACUUAAGUCCAUGGGUCCAUACUCUGGUAUCAGGACUCCCCGUCCCUCCUCUGAUUCUAACAUCGGUCCAUUCGUCCUCUCUGACUGGUCUGGUAUCUCUACAUACUCAUAAGAAUGAAUGGGAGACAGUUAGCCACCAGCUGAGAGGCUAGCAGAGCUUCUUUAACAGCUUUUCUUCCUCAUGUUAUCAUAAAUAUGCUUUAAAGGAAACACUGAUACUCUAUUCAGACAAGAUAUCUAGUGGAGUACUGGUUAGACUGGAGUAACAACAGGGCUGGACUGGUCUGGGUGUGAAAGGCAAGGAUGGAAUGAUUUAGAAGCUGGAAAGGAUGGCAUCAUCAAAGACGGACGAUGUUGGGGUCUUUUUCCCUGCAUUAAUGUCAUACAGUCGGCCGUAGUUGGUAACAGUUGGAAAAGUCAGUCAGAGAGAUAUUGUUGGGAGAUCUCUGUUCAGAUUAACCAUCAGCUCUCUGAUUGUUGAUCAUCAUCGUCUAAUUUGGUCUUAUCUCUGAUGUAAACGUAGUUUAACCGUCAUGACUCUGCUCGUAGAUCGUCUGAUCGUUGAUCAUCUGAUCUGGUCUCGCCUCUUAUUUUAAAUGUCUCUGAUCAUUGAUUGUCUGAGCCGGUCUUGUCUCUUAUUUUUAAAGUCUCUGAUCUUGGAUCGUUGAUUGUCUGAUCCGGUCUAGCCUCUGAUCGUCGAUCGUCUGAUCUGGUUUAGCCUCUUAUUUAAAAUGCCCCUGAUCGUUGAUCGUCUGAUCCGGUCUAGCCUCUGAUUGUAAAAGUCUCUGAUCGUUGAUUGUAAAAGUUUCUGAUCCGGUCUAGCCUCUGAUUGUAAAAGUCUCUGAUCGUUGAUUGCAGAUUGUCUAAUCCAGUCUAGCCUCUGAUCGUGAUCGUCUAAUCAUAGAUCGUCUGAUCCGGUCUAGCCUCUGAUUGUAAAAGUUUCUGAUCAUCUGAUCGUAGAUCCUCUGAUCCGGUCUAGCCUCUGAUUGUAAAAGUCUCUGAUCGUUGAUUGCAGAUUGUCUGAUCCGGUCUAGCCUCUGAUCGUGAUCGUCUAAUCAUAGAUCGUCUGAUCCGGUCUAGCCUCUGAUCGUCGAUCGUCUGAUCUGGUUUAGCCUCUUAUUUAAAAUGCCCCUGAUCGUUGAUCGUCUGAUCCGGUCUAGCCUCUGAUUGUAAAAGUCUCUGAUCGUUGAUUGUAAAAGUUUCUGAUCCGGUCUAGCCUCUGAUCGUGAUCGUCUAAUCAUAGAUCGUCUGAUCCGGUCUAGCCUCUGAUUGUAAAAGUUUCUGAUCGUCUGAUCGUAGAUCCUCUGAUCUGGUCUAGCCUCUGAUUGUAAAAGUUUCUGAUCGCUGAUCGUGGAUUGUCUGAUCUGGUCUAGAUGCUGAUUGUAACAGUUUCUGAUCGUUGAUCGUAGAUCGUCUGAUCCGGUCUAGCCUCUGAUUGUAAAAGUUUCUGAUCGUCUGAUCUAAGAUCCUCUGAUCUGGUCUAGCCUCUGAUUGUAAAAGUUUCUGAUCGCUGAUCGUGGAUUGUCUGAUCUGGUCUAGAUGCUGAUUGUAACAGUUUCUGAUCGUUGAUCGUAGAUCGUCUGAUCCAGUCUAGUCUCUGAUUGUAAAGUCUCUGAUCGUUCAUCGUAGAUCGUCUGAUCCGGUCUAGUCUCUGAUUAUAAAAGUCUCUGAUCGUUAGUCGUAGAUCAUCUAAUCUGGUCUAGCCUCUGAUCGUUGAUCGUAGAUUGUCUGAUCGUCUGAUCGUAGAUCGUCUGAUCCAGUCUAGCCUCUGAUUGUAAAAGUCUCUGAUCGUUGAUGGUGGAUCGUCUGAUCGUAGAUCGUCUGAUCCGGUCUAGCCUCUGAUUGUUAAGUCUCUCAUCGUCUGAUCGUAGAUCGUCUGAUCCAGUCUAGCCUCUGAUUGUUAAAGCCUCUGAUCGUCUGAUCGUAGAUCGUCUGAUCCGGCCUAGCCUCUGAUUGUAAAAGUCUCUGAUCGUUGAUCGUCUGAUCCAGUCUAGCCUCUGAUUGUUUAAGUCUCUGUUCGUUGAUCGUAGAUCAUCUUAUCCGGUCUAGCCUCUGAUUGUAAAAGUCUCUGAUCGUUGAUGGUAGAUCGUCUGAUCCGGUCUAGUCUCUGAUUGUUAAAGUCCCUGAUCGUCUGAUCGUAGAUCGUCUGAUCCAGUCUAGCCUCUGAUUGUUAAAGUCUCUGAUCAUCUGAUCGUAGAUAGUCUGAUCCGGUCUAGUCUCUGAUCAUUGAUCAUAGAUCUUCUGAUCAGGUCUAGUCUCUGAUCGUUGAUCGUACAUUGUCUGAUCGUUGAUCGUAGAUCGUCUGAUCUGGUCUAGCCUCUGAUUGUAAAAGUCUCUGAUCGUUGAUCGUAGAUCGUCUGAUCCGGUCUAGCCUCUGAUUGUAAAGGUCUCUGAUCGUUGAUCGUAGAUCGUCUGAUCCGGUCUAGCCUCUGAUUGUUAAAGUUUCUGAUUGUGAUCGUAGAUCAUCUGAUCUGGUCUAGCCUCUGAUCGUUGAUCGUCUGAUCGUUGAUCGUCUGAUCCGGUCUAGCCUCUGAUUGCAAAAGUCUCUGUUCGUUGAUCGUAGAUCGUCUGAUCCAGUCUAGUCUCUGAUUGUAAAGUCUCUGAUCGUUGAUCUUAGAUCGUCUGAUCCAGUCUAGCCUCUGAUUGCAAAAGUCUCUUUUCGUUGAUCGUAGAUCGUCUGAUCCAGUCUAGUCUCUGAUUGUAAAGUCUCUGAUCGUUGAUCGUAGAUCAUCUGAUCUGGUCUAGCCUCUGAUCGUUGAUCGUAGAUUGUCUGAUCGUCUGAUCGUAGAUUGUCUGAUCCAGUCUAGCCUCUGAUUUUUUAAGUCUUUUAUCGUCUGAUCGUAGAUCGUCUGAUCCAGUCUAGCCUCUGAUUUUUUAAGUCUUUUAUCGUCUGAUCGUAGAUCGUCUGAUCCAGUCUAGCCUCUGAUUGUUAAAGUCUCUGAUCGUAGAUCGUCUGAUCCGGUCUAGCCUCUGAUUGUAAAAGUCUCUGAUCGUUGAUGGUGGAUCGUCUGAUUGUAGAUCGUCUGAUCCGGUCUAGCCUCUGAUUGUUAAAGUCUCUGAUCGUCUGAUCGUAGAUCGUCUGAUCCGGUCUAGCCUCUGAUUGUUAAAGUCUCUGAUCGUCUGAUCGUAGAUCGUCUGAUCUGGUCUAGCCUCUGAUCGUUGAUCGUAGAUUGUCUGAUCGUCUGAUCGUAGAUCGUCUGAUCCAGUCUAGCCUCUGAUUGUAAAAGUCUCUGAUCGUCUGAUCAUAGAUCGUCUGAUCCAGUCUAGCCUCUGAUUGUAAAAGUCUCUGAUCAUUGAUGGUGGAUCGUCUGAUCCGGUCUAGCCUCUGAUUGUUAAAGUCUCUGAUUGUCUGAUCGUAGAUCGUCUGAUCCGGUCUAGCCUCUGAUUGUUAAAGUCUCUGAUCGUCUGAUCGUAGAUCGUCUGAUCCGGUCUAGCCUCUGAUUGUUAAAGUCUCUGAUCGUCUGAUCGUAGAUCGUCUGAUCCGGUCUAGCCUCUGAUUGUUAAAGUUCUUAUCGUCUGAUCGUAGAUCAUCUGAUCUGGUCUAGCCUCUGAUUGUUAAAGUCUCUCAUCGUCUGAUCGUAGAUCAUCUGAUCUGGUCUAGCCUCUGAUUGCAAAAGUCUCUUUUCGUUGAUCGUAGAUCGUCUGAUCCGGUCUAGUCUCUGAUUGUUAAAGUCUCUGAUCGUCUGAUCGUAGAUCGUCUGAUCCAGUCUAGCCUCUGAUUGCAAAAGUCUCUUUUCGUUGAUCGUAGAUCGUCUGAUCCAGUCUAGUCUCUGAUUGUAAAGUCUCUGAUCGUAGAUCAUCUGAUCUGGUCUAGCCUCUGAUCGUUGAUCGUAGAUUGUCUGAUCGUCUGAUCGUAGAUCGUCUGAUCCAGUCUAGCCUCUGAUUGUUAAAGUCUCUGAUCGUAGAUCGUCUGAUCCGGUCUAGCCUCUGAUUGUAAAAGUCUCUGAUCAUUGAUGGUGGAUCGUCUGAUCGUAGAUCGUCUGAUCCGGUCUAGCCUCUGAUUGUUAAAGUCUCUGAUCGUCUGAUCGUAGAUCGUCUGAUCCGGUCUAGCCUCUGAUUGUAAAAGUCUCUGAUCAUUGAUGGUGGAUCGUCUGAUCGUAGAUCGUCUGAUCCGGUCUAGCCUCUGAUUGUAAAAGUCUCUGAUCAUUGAUGGUGGAUCGUCUGAUCGUAGAUCGUCUGAUCCGGUCUAGCCUCUGAUUGUAAAAGUCUCUGAUCAUUGAUGGUGGAUCGUCUGAUCGUAGAUCGUCUGAUCCGGUCUAGCCUCUGAUUGUUAAAGUCUCUGAUCGUCUGAUCGUAGAUCGUCUGAUCCGGUCUAGC